UGGUUUCAUUCUGAGCCAGAAUUAGGCUUUGUAAGCAUGGUUGUCUUCCAGCUUCAUCUCUGGGCUGUCUUCCUGACUGGGGUUAUUCUUGGAGCCUCUGCUGUGGAAACCUACCUUGCUGCUGUCUAUGAGCAUGCAGUUAUACUUACAGGAGCCACCCCAAAACUUGUCUCUCCAGAAGAAGCCUUGAGCCUAAUGAACAGAAAUCUAGACAUCUUAGAAGAAGCCAUCAAAACAGCUGCUGAACAGGGAGCCCGCAUCAUUGUGACCCCUGAAGAUGGCAUUUAUGGGUGGGUCUUUACUCGGGAAACACUUUAUCCUUAUCUUGAAGAUAUACCAGAUCCUGAAGUAAACUGGAUUCCGUGCAAUGAUCCGGAAAGGUUUGGAUUUACCCCAGUGCAGAAAAGGCUUAGUUGCAUGGCAAAGAAUUAUGGCAUCUAUGUGGUUGCCAACAUGGGGGACAAGAAACCAUGUAACUCUAGUGAUCCUCAGUGUCCCAGCGAUGGCCGCUAUCAGUACAAUACCAAUGUUGUUUAUGAUUCAGAAGGAAAGUUUGUGGCACGUUAUCACAAGUACAACCUUUUUGCCUCGGAAAUCCACUUUGAUUUUGCGAAGGAGCCACAGUUCGUUAACUUCAACACUUCCUUUGGGAAGUUUGGUGUUUUCACUUGUGCUGAUAUACUUAACUUUCGCGAACCUGCCAUAUCACUGGUGGAAAAAUUCAAGGUGGAUACUGUCCUCUUCCCAACUGCUUGGUUAAACACUCUACCCCUUUUGUCUGCUGUUCAAUAUUACUCAGCCUGGGCAAUGGGAAUGCGUGUGAACAUCCUUGCGGCUAAUAUACAGAGGCCCAGCUUGGACAUUACCGGGAGUGGCAUUUUUACACCCAAUGGCCCAAAGGUGUAUCACUUUGAUAUGGAAACCCAGAAUGGCAAACUCUUGCUUGCAGAAAUUGACGCACGUCCCCGUCUUUCCCCCACCUAUCCCCCCCCUUUCAACUGGAGCUUGGAUGCAUCAGCACUUGAACAUUCCUCGCCAGAGCGCCCAGUGUUUAGCAGCAGUAUCUAUUUUGAUAAUUUCACCUUUACGGAACUAUCACAAGGAGCAGGAAACUAUACCGUCUGCCAGAAAAACCUCUGCUGCUUUUUGAGCUACGUUAUGGCAGAAAAGCAAGAGGAUGAAGUUUACGCUUUGGGUGUUUUUGAUGGGCUUCACGUGAUUGAAGGAGAAUAUUAUUUGCAGAUUUGCACACUACUGAAGUGCAACAGCACAGAUCUGAAAUCAUGUGGCCAGCGAGUUGAUACUGCUGUUACCAAGUUCAACUUCUUUUCCCUCAGUGGCACAUUUAACACUAAUUAUGUGUUUCCUGAAGUGCUGCUCAGUGGGACCCAGCUGGCUCCUGGAGAAUUUAAAGUUUUGCCCAAUGGACGGAUGAUAAGUGAGAAAGGCCUGUCAAAGCCAAUCUUAUCUGUGGCUCUUUUUGGAAGAUGGUAUGAGAAAGACUCUCCACACCCCACCGCUACUGCACCAGGAACUUGGCCUUCAUGAUUUGCUUUCUUUUCACAUGGUCAGCAUUCUGUGCCUGGUAAAUAUUCCUCUGGGUACAGAAAUUAUGUUUAUUUCCUAACAUUUCUGGUGAUCCAGGAGCAAAAGCCAAAGUGAAAAAUGAUCAAUAUUUCAACAUGCACAGGAUCCAAAUGAAUGCUUCAAAUUAUGCAAUCAACUUGCUUCAUCCAUGAAACUUUACUGGAAUCCAGAUGUUAUUCCUUUCUCUAUAUAAGUGCAGGGUACUUUCCACCACAUCUUCAAACUUUUCAUUUUCUACCACAAAUCUGGUGAGCAGGAAAAGAAAGGAUAGUACCCAAUCCCUGUUGAUUGGUAAUUUCCUGCAUUUGCUCUGGAGGGCAUCAGGUUAUAUUUUAUAACCAGGAACAACUGUGUUUAAAUAUAAUAGAAACAAAAUUAAACAAAUAAAUAUUGCAUUUUUCAAUAAUCAUAAUAUCAUCUUCAUGGUAGGUUGGGGUCUGAUCCUAUAUGUCAGUUACCGUGCCAGUUAUAAAUGUUCAGGCAUCUAGUUUGCUUUGCUAACUGGGAGAAAGAGUAUCUUCCCAGAAAAGAUCAGUGCUGAUGAAAAAGCUUCCUCUCUCCUUGGUAUCAUUGUCAUGUCCGGGUAGAGGAAGGUAUGGGCAAUCCAAUCCACAUUUCAGGACAUAAAGGCUCUCUAUUUAUCCUGAACCCAAAUGAAUGAGUUCAAAUUUGUCAUGUCUCAUCAACAGAAUGAUUGUACCAACUGAAUAUUAAAUGUUAUAUUACCAAGUAGCUGUUUUCACCAAGUGUUGGCAUCUUCUUUAUUCUGUUAUACAAAGCCUGUACCCACAGAAACUAACAGUUAGGUUUCUGAACCCCAUUUUUUUUAGCUAAUCAGCUUGAUAGGCAAUUUACUUCUAUUUGUUACAAGACACUUGGCUGGAGUGGAAAUAUUUAGUGUGAAUACAUAGUUGGAGUGGAAAAACCACUGUGUAGUGAAUAAAAUGUUCUGAAUUUUCUUUUUCUGUUUACAUGACUUUCUUUUCUUAAAAUAAAUCACUUGGCUUACUUAA